AUGGGGAGCCUCUGGCCUUGGGCGCUGGCUCUGCUCUCUCUGCCAGGACUGAUCCUAGGAGUGCCCUUAGCCUCUAACUGCCAGGGAGCCUGUGUGCCCAGUUUCCUAGAAGAUGUCACCACUGAGGAGACCCAGAAGUCGGAAGACAAGGACAUUCCUGCAAUUAACCAAGGGCUCAUCCCGGAGGAAAACCCAGAAAACAGCUUCCUCAUCGAGGGGGACAUCCUGCGGCCGAGUCCCUUCCAACUACUGUCGGCUUCCAGCAACAAGUGGCCCAAGAACGGAGGAGUGGUCGAGGUCCCCUUUGUGCUCUCCAAAAAGUACAACAAGGCCUGUUGCCAGAUUAUCCUGGAGGCCAUUGCCGAGUUUGAGCGGCUCACGUGCAUCAGGUUUGUCAGCUACAAGGGUCAGAGAGACUUCGUGUCCAUCGUCCCCAUGUUCGGGUGCUUCUCCAGCGUGGGCCGCAGUGGAGGGAUGCAGGUGGUGUCCCUGUCGCCCACGUGCUUGCGGAAGGGUAAGGGCAUCGUUCUGCAUGAGCUCAUGCACGUGCUGGGCUUCUGGCACGAGCAAUCCAGGGCUGACCGGGACCGCUAUGUUCGGAUCAACUGGAAUGAGAUUCGGCCAGGCUUUGAGAUCAACUUCAUGAAGUCUCGAAGCAGCAACAUGAUGGAGCCUUACGACUAUUCAUCCAUCAUGCACUACGGGAGGUUUGCCUUCAGUCGCCGCGGGCAGCCCACCAUUGUGCCUCUCUGGAAUCCCAGUAUCCACAUCGGCCAACGCUGGAACCUGAGCUCCUCAGACAUCACCCGAGUCCUCAGGCUCUAUGACUGUGAUGCGGGCAGGACAGGGUCCAGCCAAGACAAGACCCCUGCAUCUGGCUCCGCAUCCCUGCCGUGGAUUCUGAAGGUCUUGGCAGAGCCCAGGCCUGACCCCAGCGGCCCCACGGUGGAUGGCCAACCAACUCACCAGUACCCAUGGAGGCAGUUCUCCUGA